AUGGGUUGUGCAUGGAGUGAUCCCGACAAAGUCCAACAAGACACCAGUAAAGCAAUUGAGAAACAGAUUCGUCAGGAUGCUGAAAAGGCAAUGAAACAAGUUAAACUGCUACUGCUUGGGGCAGGCGAAUGUGGAAAGUCAACCGUUCUAAAGCAGAUGAAGAUUAUUCACGGACAAGGCUAUCAGGAAUCCGAAAGAAAAGAAUACGUGUGCAUCAUUUUCGCCAACAUUGUGCAAUCGAUGAUUAAAAUUCUCAGAGCGAUGGAGUCUUUGGAAAUUGCUCCUGAUUCUUUCGAUCCAGAGGUCGAACUUAAAACUUUAAAUGGAUUUCUUGCCAAUGUUGAGGACGGUCAUUUUCCUGACGACUUGGCUAAUGUGCUGCGCAGACUCUGGUCAUGUAACAGUGUCCAACAAUGCUUUGCCCGAUCCAAAGAGUACCAACUCAAUGAUUCUGCGGAGUAUUAUAUGAAAUCAUUGGAUCGUAUAGCUGCACCUGGGUACACACCAACUGAGCAGGACGUCCUUCGGUCACGCGUAAAAACGACGGGUAUAGUGGAAUCAGGUUUCCGGUAUAAAGAUUUGGAGUUUAAAGUCUUUGAUGUCGGUAAGGACAUGCCCACACAGAAAAUUAUGACCGCUUUAUUCAUAUAUCGUUCAUCUGUAUGA